CCUUCCACUCUCAAGCAAAAACUUUGAAAAUCCUCUCUUCUUCAAUUCAAACACACAAUUCCAAAAUCCUUUGCUCUUUUGUAAUUUUAAACUCUGAAUUUUCUUUUUCCUUUCAUUUUUGGUUAUGGAAACAAGCAGUGAAGUGUCUAGCGCGCUUUAUUAUAUCGAACAAUAUUUACUUGAUGAAUUUUCUCCCGUGGGAUUGGGGAGUUUUUCCGGUGAAAAUCAAUGGAUAACUGAGCCAAAACCGGAAAUUUCGACCUCUCAAUCUGAGUCUCUGUACUCGCAAACUUCGAGCUCUGAAUCGUCUCUUACAGUAUCCAAUUUUGAUUGCCUUAACGAUGAUGAUUUCUUUAGAUUCUCUCCCAAUUUGUUCCAGUCAAACGGAAGUGAUGUUUUCGAAUUUGAGUCGAAACCUCAAAUCAUCGAUCUCACGACACCUAAGUGCCUCUCUUCGAACGCCGGUACUUCCGAAUUUGUAGUCAAACCUCAAAUCGUUGAACUUUCACUGGAAAAACCUCAAGUUUCUUCGAAUUCAAGCUCUGAGAACCGAAAACCGUCGCUUAAUAUCUCGUUACCGCAUAAAGUGGAAUGGAUUCAGUUCGGCAAACCGGAUUUAACUCAGGCGGAGCCGAAGAAUUCAAAAUCCGAAAACAAGAGGCAUUAUAGAGGUGUCAGACAACGUCCAUGGGGGAAGUUCGCCGCGGAGAUCCGAGAUCCAAACCGAAGAGGUUCCCGGAUCUGGUUAGGAACCUUUGACACUGCCAUCGAAGCCGCAAAGGCUUACGACCGAACCGCGUUUAAGCUCCGUGGCUCGAAAGCGAUUCUUAAUUUCCCUCUUGAAGCCGGUAGGUUGGAUGCACACACCGUCGACGGAGAGAGGAAACGGAGCAGUGAUGACCGCGAAGGAGAAGAGAGACAAGUGAAGGCGGUGAAGAGAGACAAUAAUGACGUCACGAAAUCGAGAGAUAACGGUGAUGUUCCUUUGACGCCGUCAAAUUGGAAAUGCUUUUUGGAUUGGGAUAACGACGUGAAGGGGGUUUUUAACGUUCCACCACUGUCGCCGUUAUCACCACACCCGCCGUUAGGCUUUCCCCAAGUCAUGGUUAUAUGAUGAUGAGAAUGUGUCGGUUUGAAGUGGCGGGUUAUGGGUGACGUGGAUUUCUUUGGGUUUAAUAUAUAGUUGAAUUGUUUUUAGAAUUAGGCAAGGAUUUUUAUUGGAUUCAAUUUCAAUUUACUUGAAUAAAUUAUUUUUUACAUUUUUCAUAUG